AUGAUGGGAUUCGUCGGAACAGUGGAAGGAAGAAAGAAGAAGGCGACUGGAUUAGCAGGCAGCGACUGCGAGGUGAGCCUUUCCGAGGACCUCUACAAUGAGCGAAACUUGAAGAAACUCGUCCAUAAAUUCAAGCUCUAUUCAUCUUCCGACCAUUUCCGCACCAAGAAUGGCAUUUAUGAGUCCACGGUUCGCCGCCUAGCUUCUGCCAAACGCUUCAAAUGGAUUGAAAAAAUUCUCGAACAUCAAAAGCAAUUUAGACAUGAUAUUUCCAAGGAGAAUUUCUCUAUCAGGCUUGUCAAAUUGUAUGGACAAUCAGGCAUGUUUGAGAAUGCGAAAAAAGUGUUCGAUGAAAUGUCUGAGAGGAAUUGUGAAAGGAGUAUGAAGAGUGUGAAUGCCAUUUUGUUAGCUUGUGUGAAUUCAGGGAAACUUGAGGAGAUUGAGGGGAUUUUUCAGGAAAUGGAGAUGAAGUGGAAAGUGAGACCCGAUGUCGUUUCAUAUAUGUUGGGAAUAAAGACGGAGCAAUUCAGACACAAACAGGUUCAACAGCUCAGUAAACCAAUGACAGAGUUCAUAAUCGAUUCCAGCAUAAUGUAA